AUGUUGAUAGAUGGUAUGGAAGUGGAUGCCAAUCAUUGUGAUGACCUCAAGAAGCUAUGUGUCCCACGGACAGAGAGUUUCUUUCUCAGCAGCUUGGCUUCAUGGCAACUUGCCGUGAGCACGGCUCCAUUGCCGGGUGCGGUUGCCACGCAAUCUUUCGAGUAUUCAACAAGCGUUGCUACGACCGAGGCACGAAGCCUGUCGAGUUCACAGACCCGAGAACUGGUGUCAACAGUUUCCGAGUCCACAAGUUUUCUGCUGCAAACAUCUGUCCAUGAAAAUGCGCAGAACUGUGUGACCAACAUCCAGGAGCAAGUGAAGGACUGUCCGCCGGGAAUCGGAGAGACGAUCGGCAAUGCGUUGUCUGAGGGUCUCCAAACCAUCAUUGACAAGAAGACGCUGGGCUUGUCUAGCGUCGCUAAGGACGUCAUGGAGCCCCUUGCCCGGGCUGGGGGAGAGUUGGUCGGCAAUGCUGUUGGCGCCUUUCUGGGAGAUGACUGCACGCCCACAACAGUCUCAGAGCAGGUCAGCCAGUGCCUCGAGACAGGAACCUCAGAGACCAGGAGCAGUGAAGAGACGAUGGCACGCCAACAAGCGCGUGGCUUGGCUUUGCAAGAAUUGACAAAGAUAGCCACCAGCGUAACCUCAGAGCAACGCACCACAUGCUCGGUGACUGCUCCUGUUGGUGUCGCUCUUUGGCAACUUGAGCUCCAUACGCCAGCUGCCAAAGCCACAAACACUGCUAUUGCUCGCUUAUGCGUGUUUUGCAUGUCAUGGGGCGCUCGGCCUACAGACCCACCGGGCUACGGUGGUUGUGGCUUCUCGCCGCCUUGUCGCGAAACACUAAUGUUUUGCCCUGGCGGUGGCACAUUGGCUCUUCCCAACAUGCAGCAUGCCCACACGCACCAAUCGGUGUUGAAUUGCUCUGAUGGCCAGAAGGCAAUCGCAAAAUGCUUUCAAGGGCAGUUCGAGGUGCAAUUUCAGCCGAUCGGCAGCGUCGCUGCCAAGACGGAGGUUGUAAAUGAACGUCUGCCGCCCAUGGUUGUGAUCUCCAGGGCGCCAAAGACGGCCGAGCAACCUGUGGGGAAUGAGCAGCAGAACGAUGAGCCACAGACUGGAGGGAGCAGUCCCGAGCAACCUGUGGGGAAUGAGCAGCAGAACGAUGAGCCACAGACUGGAGGGAGCAGUCAGGAGGUUGAAGAGGAAACGGAAGUGAACCAGGGCCAUUUUCAUUCAAACGCUGCAUUCUUCAGCCUGUUAGCGUUUGGUUUCUUCUCAAUCUAA